UCAUUGUUGCGUUCCCCACCGUCUGGCAACCGCUUCUAUGGCGGUUUGGAAAAAGGCAAAGAAAAACAGCGUCGUCUGAAGCUGUGUGGCUUGUUUGUUCCCCCGUUUGUUUAGCGCUCCGGCAUUAUCGUCCCAUUUCCAAACAAUCUAUUUUGUACUCGCGCACUGUUCCCAACCCGGUCUUCCUCAUUGUUGUUGUGAUAAAGUUUCGUUCCGUUUGUCUCGAAGUUUUAGCUUGCGUGCCUGUGCGUGUGAAAAAAAAUGUCCUCAAAGCGAAAGCCGGACGGUACGAAGAAGGCGGUGAAAAAGCGUAAAAACUCCGAAUCCAACUAUGAUUCCGACCUGAGUGAUGACUAUCCGCGGGCUGUGGGUGAAACGUCCGCCCGGGAGGUGGUGGUCGAGGAGCUGCGGCCAAUGGAAAAGCUGCCGGAGGAACUGCUGGCCGUGUACGACAAAGGUCCCGGCAAACUGCUCAUUGCGGGCAUGGUGUCCUGGGAAAUGACCGGCAAACGUGACUCGAAAGGGGUCACGAAGAUCCGGCCGAAUCUGUUCACCUUUCACAGAUUCACCAGUGAAACGUACCGUUCAAUGGCAAGCUUCUGUUCUGCCGCUCACUCUGUGUUGAUUGAUGAAAACUGGAAAGCUUUUACUUUUGGGCGCAAUCAGCUGAGCCAGCUGGGGCUUGGUGAUACGGCGACGUACGAAAAACCGACGCAGGUGGCCGAUUUGGCCGACUUCAACGUCAUACAGGCUGCGUGCGGCCGUAACCAUACGCUCUUCCUAACCGACACCGGGACCGUGUACGCUUGCGGCGACAACAAGAGCGGUCAGUGCGGGGUGGGCAAUAAGCUGCCCACGAUUACGUCCCCGACGCGGAUCAGCUACAACGGGCCACCGAUCAUUAAGGUUGGAUGUGGUGCCGAAUUUUCCGUCAUUCUCGACAUUAAGGGCAAUUUGCAUACGUUCGGUUUGCCGGAGUAUGGGCAGCUGGGUCACAAUACGGACGGUCGGUAUUUCGUGACCUCGACCAAGAUGUCGUUCCACUUCGAAAUGCAACCGCGCAAGGUGCUUGUGUACAUGGAGAAGAACAAGGAGGGCCACGUGUUGCCGAUUGAAAAUGUCAACAUUAUUGACUUUGCCUGUGGCAACAAUCAUACUGUGGCAAUCGAUUCGAAGAACCGAGCGUAUAGCUGGGGUUUCGGAGGUAUCGGCCGUUUGGGGCACGCGGAGCAGAAAGACGAGAUGGUACCGAGACUGAUCAAAUUCUUCGACACACAGAACCGCAAAGUGAUGCGCGUAUUUUGUGGUUCAUCGUACAGUUUGGCAAUAUCCGACAUCGGCUCACUGUAUCUGUUCGGGCAGAACAAGAAAACGGGUGAGGCCAACAUGUACCCGAAACCGGUGCAGGAUCUGGCGGGCUGGAACAUUACCAGCAUCGGUACGGGCUACACGUCGAUUGUAAUCUCUGCCGACGAUUCGUUGAUUGCCUGGGGCGCUUCACCGACCUACGGCGAGCUGGGAUUGGGUGAUUUGCAGAAAUCAUCGUCCACUCCAAAGGAAGUGACGCGCAUGGAGGGCAUGAAAAUUCCACUAGUGGCGCUAGGUUACUCCCACUCGAUGCUGCUGGUUAAUACGGAGCACGAAAAGACGAAGGAGAAGUAUGACAACUUGCCCGAGUUUGUCGUCUAAGUGGCGUGGUAGGCUCGCCUCAUCUCAAUCCGACUGACUUGCGCUGCCAGCAAGUGUGAAGUGCAAAAUAGAUCUGUGGCCAACACACAACACGCCUGCAUCCUCCUCAGCUUUUGUGCGCGUGUGUGUGUGUGUGUGUUUCACCGUACCGGUCGUUGCAAAUCCGAACCGCGAGAAAGGAAUCGUCUCAACCAAUUUUACUAGUAUUAGUUUUCCAUCAAUCACUCCAUCGUAACGUAUUUGUAAUAUUUUUGGGAAUUAAACGUGCAUUUAGCUUUUCCCCGGUCGGAAAGUUCGUUUCCGGCUGGAGAAAAGCAUGUAUUUCCACCAAA